UUAGAUUUUACCCGGGAAGGCAGUCUCUAUCAUCAUGAUAUGAAAUUUGAGAAAAAACAGGAUGAAAAUGGGAAGCAGAAGAAAUCUAAGCGCUGCAGCACUAGUUGGCCGUGUUCAAAAACCCAAACUAGUCAUAAAUUCCGAAAGAGAAGAGGGUUCAAUCGUGAGAAUCAAGCUCGAUAACUUUUUGACUUAUGAUUCUGUAGAAUUUCUGACAGGCCCUUCUUUAAAUGUAAUUAUUGGACCGAAUGGUACAGGAAAGAGCUCCAUUGUCUGUGCCAUAUGCCUGGGAUUGGGGGGUAAGACUGGACUACUGGGACGAGCUCAGCAGUAUGGAGACUACAUCAAGUAUGGAUGUCAGAAAGCAAAGAUUGAAUUAGAACUGUAUAACAGCAAUGGAGAAAAUUGGAUCAUCUUGAGAGAAAUCCAGAAAAACAACACCUCUUCCUGGUCUGUCAAUGGUCGCACGGCAACUAUGAAAUCGGUGGAUGAACUAGUGGCCAGACUGAAUAUUCAGGUGGGAAAUCUCUGCCAGUUCCUGCCUCAAGAAAAGGUGGCAGACUUUGCCAAAAUGACACCAGAAGAUCUCCUAGAAAACACAGAAAAAGCUGUUGGGAUACCAGAGAUGUAUGAAAAUCAUCAGCGCCUAAAACAGUCGAGGAUAGAAGCUCGCUCACACACACAAAACUUCAACAGUCUGAAAGAAAGAUUGGCAGACCUGCAGCAAAGGAAUGCACGCUUAGAGCAGGAUGUCAAAAACUUUGAAGAACGCGAAAAACAUCUGGAAAAAAUAAGAAUUAUGAAAAUGAAGAGGCCUUGGCUUGAAUAUGAGAUGCACAGACAAGAGCAUGAUAGGCUGAAGAUGCACCGAGAUAAAAAAGUCGAGGAGUUAAAGGCGGCCAAAUCCAAGCUCCACCCGCUGGACAGGAAGAUAGACGCCCUGAGGAAAAAGAAGGAAGAAAUGGAUGCCCAGAUGAAAUCCAAGACAGAUGUGUUGAGAAAGUAUGCAAAUGAUGCCCAUGGCAAUAGCAAGGAAAUCGAAAAGUACACUGAUCAGUUUCAAGAGGUUCAAGAUCUUCUCAAACAAAAAGAAAGUGAAGAAGAGAGUAGAAAAAGAAGAAUCGUGGACCUUAGGAGACAAGUGGAGGCUUUAGAAGAGGAGCUUCAGACAUCUGUAGAAACUGCAAAUAUUCAGGUCCAGUUGGAGGAGGUGACCAAUGAGAUGAGGAGAACAAACCAGAGAAUGACCGUGCUUACACAGGACGGAGACAGAGUACGGCGAGAAAUCGAGGGCCUCAAAAGACAAGUGGACGGUUUCCAACAAGAACUCAAGGAAAUUCAGAAUAUUGAAAACCGUAAGCUUGAAAUGUUGAGGAACAGGCACAAACCAACUUACGAUGCUGUCAUGUGGUACAAGGACAAUCGGGACAAAUUCCAGGGGCAAGUCCAUCUGCCUCUGUUACUCUCGGUAAAUCCAACGUCUCCCGCAGUAGCCAAGUUCAUCGAGAUGCACAUCAGUGCCAAUGACAUGAGGGCGUUUAUCUUCGAGAACACGGAGGACUACAACGUGUUUAUGAGGGAAGUCCGAGACAAGCAGAACCUGAGGGUGAACGCCUUGAAAGUGCCUCCCCAGCAACUGGCAGCCUUCAACGCCAGACACAAUAUCUCUCGUUAUAGUCAGUUUGGCUUUGUGAACUACCUGACGGAUUACAUCGUGUGUGCAGAUGGAGUAAGACGCUAUCUCUGUGCUCAGUAUCACAUCCACAACAUCCCGGUCGGAACCCGACGCACCAAAGAUCUGGUGCAGGACAUCAAAAGAAAAUGUCCGGAGCUGAGGACCUUCUACACUGACGAGUACCAGUACACUUGUCGAGUAUCCAAGUAUGACAAGUCUGUGUCUUCCAGAAGCACCAAAAUCAGGGACCCCCAGUGGAUGUCUGCUUCAGUGGACGCCUCCAGAAUCCAGGAACUCAACAACGAGAUCAGGAGUUGUCAAGAACAGAGGAGAGAGAAGGAGGCUGCCUACACAAGGUUACAGCAGGAAUCACAGGAGCUGGACACCAAGAUGAAUAAACUCCGAGAACAGAAGAAAAAUCUAUCCCUGUUAAAGGACAAGAAGAAAAGGCUACAAUCUCAGAUUGACUCCAAGAAACAAAGAAUACAAAAUGAGGAGGCUGAGGCAAUAGACUUGGAUGCUGAGAAAGAGGCCACAGACAGGAAAAAGAAGGAGUUGAACGUUAAAAUGUGUGUCUGUCUGCAGAAAAUGAAGGAUAACACAAAGGAAUGUUUAAGUCUCAGUAUAAAUAAAGUUCGGUUAAGUCUGAAGCAUGCUUCCAUUGUACGAGACCUUCAGAGCUUGGAGGAUGCCAAGAGAGAACAGUCCCAUUCCUUACAAGACUUGGAGAGGGAGUUUGAGGAAGCUAAAGAGAGAGUGAGAGAAAUUAAAGACAAGGCCAAAAGAUUGUUAUCUAUUGCCAAGAAAGCCACAGGGACAGCGGAUAAUGAGGAGUUAUCUCAGGAAAUCAGGGCGUUAUUUAAGAACGUAAUUGGUAAUACAGUGGAAGAGAUUGAUGAGGAGAUACACUUACAAGAGGCCAGGGCAGACUCACUGUAUCAAACUGAUGAAAGAGUUGUGCAAGAAUACCGCACCCGCAAGACUGAGAUCAACCAAUUAGAAACAGAGAUAGAAAAUCGUGAAAGAGAAAUUAGCGGCCAUCAGGAGAGGAUCGAGGAGAUCAAGAGACAGUGGCUGGAGCCGCUGCGAGAACUGAUGGAAAAAAUCAACGAGAACUUCGGAUACUUCUUCUCCUGUAUGAACUGUGCUGGGGAGGUGGAUCUCAGUGUUCCCGCUAAUGAGGAGGAUUAUGAGAAGUAUGGGGUGAGGAUCAAGGUGAAAUACCGAGACGCAGAGCAGCUGAGGGAGCUGAACAUGCACCACCAGAGUGGUGGCGAGAGGAGCGUGGCUACCGUCCUGUAUCUACUGGCCCUACAGGAGCUGGCCAAGUGUCCGUUCAGGUGUGUCGACGAAAUCAAUCAGGGUAUGGACCCAGUUAAUGAAAGGAAAGUCUUUGAGUUGGUUGUUAAAACAGUCUGCCAGAGGUCCAGGUCCCAGUAUUUCCUUCUUAGCCCCAAGCUAUUACCAGAUAUGGAUUAUGCAGACAACAUGACGUACCUUUGUGUCUACAAUGGCCCUCACAUGCUGAGUCAUAAAGAGUGGGACCUCAAAAAGUUUAUUCAGAGGAGGCGCAAACUAGGGAAUGAUGAUUGAGUGAGAAAAAAAAAUCCAACAAAAUGAGGGACGUUUUGAAGAUGCGAAUGCAUGGUGAUAAUGAUUGCUCGAGCAUUAAAGUGAAAAUCAAACCUGAACAGUUUAAAAACUCCUGUUUAUUUAAAUAUGAGGGAGGAAGUCGGUUAUGAUGUGGUUUUCUUUGGCUGAAAUCCAAUAAUGGCCAAGGGAGACUGUAUGUCUUUGUAUAUCCUCAUGAGACGACUUUGUAACAUGUUCCUGCGAUUGUGUUGUAUAGGGGAUAGGUGAUGUAGAAAGGUACUGGAAAGUGAUGUACGUGCAAUAGACAGACUAUUUAUGAACUUGCUUGAAACAGAACUAGUCAUUUCUACUGUACAAAGAUAAAGGAAUUCUGCAACAACUGCUGUUGAUAUAAAUUAACAUUAUUGGUUAAAUCAAUGUCACCAGUAUAAACACAAUACUCUUUUAAGAAAAAUACUGUGCAAAUAUAAAGGGAUACUGCCAUUAACACUUGAUAAAUGAGCAUGGUUCAAAAUGACACCAGUGUAUACAGCUCUGCACACUUUUUGAACUCGCAUGGUUUUUAGUUCACAUUAAUGUCACUGUAAUGAGGCAGCAAAAAUUUAUUUUAAAAGUGAUUGUUUAACUUAAUUUUUUUUUCAAUAACUAAAAGGGAUCGAUUUAUCAUCUGUUUGAUUGCUUUCAUGCCAAAAUGCUCGAUAUUUUUCAGAGUUACUUUCAGAAAUCUAGUUUCAUACGAGAUUCAUCCCAGUGCAAAAUUUCAAAGUCUUCGACAAUUAAUGUAAAAGAAUUUUACUUUUAAUAGUAACAAUUUACUAUUUUGAAAGAUAAAAAAUAUUCGUUCAUUUUAUAUGUUAUCCUAGCUUUUGUUUGGCAUGUUUUUUUUUCACAGCAUUAUCUUUUUUGUGCUGCAUUCUGACAAACCAAGAUGAGUUUGGUAAAUAAGCAGAGAAAACUACUUGCUUUGAAGAAAUUGAUUAGAAAAUAACUUAAUAGAUUCAAAGAAAGCUUGAUUAAUUCAAUUUGUAAUUACCUAUGGUAGAAUCAUGCGAAUGUUACAUCAUACAAUGUACUGUUUUUUGAUGAACUUCCCUUUUCAAACAUUGACUUUAAAUUUAAAGAUAUGGUUUUUAUGGAUAUGUACCUUUGAAUUGAGGUAUGUUAUACAUCUUGGGUGGUUAUGUUGUUGUACUGAAGUUCAAUAAAAUUUUAUUACAAGAAGAAUGUGACCAUAAUUUGUGUGAAAAACUAUGUGAGCUUUAAAAGUGUGAGGAACUGUGCACAACAUCCUAAUAGAGAGCUAUAUCAUCUCGUUUUUAUCAGAUUUGAUUUAAGCAUGGAACUCGAUCUUUAACUUUUGAAUAUAAAUGAAACAGUAUUUGUAAUAAAUGCAAAAUCAUUAACUAAUGGUACAGUAUAUCGUCAGUAGAUUUUUACAUCACUGGUGAUAGAUAACAUGUAAUUAAAGUAAAAGACACAUUACAUUAUGCUCUUUAAGGGAAUGGUAAAUAAUGAAGGUCCAGUAGUUGUAUUUUUGAAUUUAUGAAUAAAUUAAAAUGGUUGUCUUAAUUUUCAUAAAAUGUGUCCAACAACAGUGUUUUUUGAUGGAAAAGUUAAAAUAUUUAUUUCAUGCUGAGCUCUUAAUUCCACUCUUUUCAUAUUGUUUGUCAAAUGUUUUGUACUCAUUGUAAAAAUUAGUUUAGUUUUUUUUUUGAUAUAGUGUAGUUGUGUUGUUCUGAAUACAAAUUUAAGUGUACCAAAGAUCAUCUCCUUUCUCAUAAAUGUCCCCCUCCCCUUUUGUUAUCUUUUUAUUUAGGUCAAAUUUUACCAGAGAUUUUUUUUUAGCAUACCUGAGGAAUGUUUACCCUUCAGUUUAAUGUACUAAACAAUGACUUAUGAUGCAGCUUGACCCUGAUCAAGAUUACUUGGAUGAGGUGAAGGUCAUUCCUUUACUCUGUGUAUUGAGCUAGCUACAAGAUGUAAAGUAUAUCUGAAUAGUGCUAUUUUCUUUAUCAUAUAUAAGUAAACAUGCAAAUGCAAAUUUUUACCAUGUGAUUUCUGGACAAAUAUAUCAGGAAUCAUUUUUUCUGUAUUUCUGUAAUAUUUAAGAAUCCAAUUGUUUUUUAGAUAAUGGUUGUAUUCUAAAUCCUGAAAUCUGAAUCAUGAAAACAUGUUGAGUUCCAUACUGUUGAAAAAUUUUACCAAGGUUGAUUUUAAAUUUGGAUGCAUGAACAUUUAUCUCAGAAAAAAUAUUAGGAUUUUUGAUGUAAUGAUUGUAGUCCGAAAAUGAAAGAUCAACAUUCUUGAAAAAUGGACAGUUUCUUCCUAUAAUAAAUGUUUAUGUUGAUGAA